CGCCGCGCGCCGCCAUGGACACGAGCCGCGUGCAGCCCAUCAAACUGGCCAGGGUGACCAAGGUGCUGGGCCGGACCGGCUCGCAGGGGCAGUGCACGCAGGUGCGCGUGGAGUUCAUGGACGACACGAGCCGCUCCAUCAUCCGCAACGUGAAGGGGCCCGUGCGCGAGGGAGACGUCCUGACGCUGCUCGAGUCGGAGCGCGAGGCCCGGCGGCUGCGCUAGGCCGGCGCUGAGGGAGUGCCCAGGUGGUGGAAACUUCUUGCAUUGCCUCCGAGCCGCUCGCUGACACCUGCGCUGCUAGACAUGGGUCACCAUAGAUGAGGAUGGCGUUUUGAGUGAAUACAAUAAAAUGUUUUCUUUUUUUCUUUUUUUUUCCCAAUCCUGUUUUGUCUAGGUCUCAGUUACUGAGUGUGUGGAUGUUAGAGCUUGUCUUGUGCAGCUGCCUCUAAUUAUUGCUUUCAGCAGGACAGAAACCCACUCUGCUUACUAUGGGGAUUGUGCUUAACCUUUUGGGAUAAAAUGCCCUCACUUUGGUGUUACUGAUGGUUGCUGGUAACUUUGGUGAUUUUUGAAUUUUUAUAUUCAUCUGUCUUUCACGGCAAAAAAUAACUARUGUUUUCUU